GACAGCAACCUCAGCUGCCAGCCAACGGGUCGACGCCCCGUCCUCUAUGCAUACUGGAGUGGUUCUCAAAGACAGUGUGUAGAUAGGAAGGCAGUGGAGUGUAUCUCUCUCUCUCUCCCAUGGCCAUGGGCGAUGAUCUAUUUAACAUGCGCCCGUUAUUGGGUUGUUGCUUGCAUAUAAUUCUGUUCCUCGCUUGCUUCUCCUUUACUUAUUGAGCUACUCCUCCAUCAUCACCUCCUCGACGCUUGCCUCCUCCCUCCCUCCCUCCUCGUCCUUCACGCUACUACGUACAAAAGACCACGCACAAGCACAGCACAGCACAAGCAAGCAGUACUCACACUACUGGCAAGCUCCCCAGCUCAGGCAAUUCUCUCGCAUAAACUACUACGUGGCUCUCUUGGCAGAGGAUCUAGAGCAGCGCGCGGUGGGAUCUGCGCGCGCGCACCAGCUUCGAUGGGCCUCGACGUCACGGAAAUCUCUGAAUUGGCGGCGCUCCGGCCGAUCCAGACGGCCGUGAGCGGCGCCCGGGCAACGGCAGCGCCGGGGGCAGAUGAUGACGCUCCAGCCGCCGACAACGCCUGCUUCACACCGAAGGCAAGCGACUCCAUGGCCAUGCUGCCCAUUGCGCCACUGCAGAAAGACGACGUCGGCUUUGCCACGGGCGGAGAAAUUGGGCGGCGAGACGGCUGCGCCGUUGCAGGCGACGAGAGCAGCUUCACCACGCCGACGACAGCCGACAGCGCGCUGGUGCCGGCCACUGUGUGCCCACCGGCGCCGCGGAAAACGGCUGCGGUGCCGACGAGGAAGCGCGCGCCGCUGCAGCAGCGGCUCUUCUAUCCGGUGCCGCGCGAUCUGACCACCGUGUUCGUGGCCGUGCCGCAGUGCCCGCCGCCUGCCAAGAAGAUACGGGCGCACGUCGUGGAGUCAUCGGUGCGUCUAGGCACGUGACGAUGCUGCCACCGACAUCGCCUGCGUCACUCCCACCCAAGGCAAGCGACAUCAUGGCCAUGCUGCCCAUGGCGCCACUGCAGCAAGACCUCGGCGUCGAUGUGAUCGGCCUCGCCACGCCGCCGGCCACGGGUGAAGAAAUCGGGCUGCGAGACGGCUGCAACUAUGGCGCCGCUGCCGGCGACGAGGACAGCUUCACCACGCUGACGAAGGCCGACGGCGCAUGAUGCCGGCGACGGUAUGCCCGCCCGCGCCGCGGAAGUCGGCGUCGGCACCAACGAGGAAGCGUGCGCCGCUGCAGCAGCGGCUCUUCUUCUACCCGGUGCCUCGCGACCUGAUCGCCGUCUUCGUCGCCGUGCCACAGUGCCGCUGCCAUGGCUCGGAUCCACCAACAUGCGCUGACAAGUGACAAGGCCACGACAUAGCACGCGUAGGAAGACGGAGAGCACACGGCGCCGCAGUCGUGUCGUGCGCUUUGCCUUUUCUUUCUGUGUCCUCGCUGCACUUGCGCCAUGCCCAUGGGCCAUGCCCAGUGAUGUACUACUUCCAAGUUUGGACUCGAGCGGCCACCCAUGGAGAGUACGUACGACGUACGCGGUGCAUGGGCAGUGAGAGCAUCUCCAACAGACGUCCAAUAUUAGGGUCGCGUCAAAAAAAUCGCAAGUUUAGCGCAUGCGGAGUUAAAAGUAGCACUUCAGCGGACACGGCAUAAUAAAGCACGCUGUAAAAAGUGUUGAGCGCGUCCGAA